GUCCGCAAGGCUACGCUGAAGAACAUCCCAGGCACUGGCCACAAGUACUACCUGCAGUUCAGUACUGAAGACUACAGAACUGGGGAAAACGCUGGGAACUGCCUGGCCACAGUGCUGUAUCCAAAGACAAAGUCUCCUCCUGUUGUCAGCAUCAAGUGCUCACACACCAAAGACCACAAGGAAAGCCAGGAAGAGGACAACAGACUUUACCAAAGAAUCAGGCACCAAACCAAACCAAUAACUGGGAACAAUAUUCCAGACAGCUAUGGCAAUAUUGACCCUGCCCUGGAGCCAGUGUGGGCUUUGGCUGUUGCUGGCAGCAGCUCCAUCAUGUGGGAAAGGUCAACAGAGAAACUGAGUUACUUCAUGGCCCAAGUGAAGUCUGUGAAGCAGUGGAUAAGGAAAGAUGAUUUCACCGAGUUUGACUACACUGUCCUACUCCAUGAAAUGCCAACACAGGAGAUGAUUUCCUGCCACAUGCGUCUCACCUGGAGGCCUGGGCACCCCCUCAAAGUCAAACACUUCUGUGCCUCGGAGCAUCAGGGCCUUGAGGAAGCAUCAGGAAUGGAGUCUGGAUCAGCUGCUGGAGUUCCAGAUGAAAGGGGAGCCAACUUUUAA